AUGGAUCAUGUGCGAAUAGGCGUGAACUUAGGCCCCAUUAAUCCUGUUGAUGACCAAGGAACAAAAGUGGUAGAUCUAUCGGGUACGGGCGAGCCCCACUCACGAGUCCAUGUGGGACCACUUGGAGUGCUUUUGUGUCCCAGUCGAGGUGUAGAGGCUGAUAAGGUAACUAAUGAAGCUGUAGAGGGUAAUGAGGGGGCUGGUAAGCAGGUUAAUAAUAAGGGUAAACAGCCUGAGGUUGAGGAUGCAUCAUUCACUAACAGUUUUAACUAUGAUUUCGAUAAUGCUGAUUUCACAAAUGAUUUUCCUAUACAAGGACAUGAUCAUCAAGAUAAUCUGGUUGACAAACAAAAUGAACAGGCUGACAAACAAAAUGAAGAGGGUUGUGAGGUUGAGAAUGCUGAGGGUGGUGAGGCUGAGAAUGAUAAAGACGGUGAGGCUGAGUCUGAUGAUUCAUCUAAGGAUGAUGACUCAGAUGAUAGUGAGUUUAUAAAAGGGUUAGAUAAUAUGGAUGAGGUUGAGUAUGACAUCAUAGAUUUCAAUGCAAAUGUUGACAUGGGUGACUAUCUUUGA